CAAUCGCAGCGAGAAGGACGGUUCUAGAGCUGGCGUUAUGUUGUGAAAGAUUUCGCGGUUGCAAGCGGCCGUUAUAUAAAAUACAAGAUUUGAACUACAAUGUGGAGUUCGUAAACGGUGCGCUACGAACGGACGGAACAGUUUUUGUUAAUUUAAUUUUAGGUAAAAAAGCAGAAACGUGACAAACAUUUAUGUGGCUAAAAUAUGGUUUAGAUUUAAAAAUUACAUAACAAAUUUUAGCACAAAGUUGAAGUUUUUCUUGAGAUAAAAGUAUAAAUUUUAAUAGCAGAUAAUAUUUUAGAGCAAUAAUGGAAUUGAAGUUAUUUGCAUUGGGUUUUUUGCAUUUGGCUAUAGCCAUGCCGGCCAUAACACUCCAUGAUUUGGAAAUGGUCGAUGACACCAUGUCAGUCGGUUCAUAUGUCCGGGAAGCCAGGGCUGCACCCCCUGAAAAUUUCCACAAAACUUACCAAAGCGAAGGUGACGGUGAAAUCGGGUAUUCUAGAAAGAAGACUGGCGGUGGCAAAAAAGGUUACCAACAUUUCGACUCCUACCACAAAAAGGCUGGAGACAACUAUGAGCUUGAGACACAAGACUCAUAUGGAUUAGAUGACGAAGGUCAUGAUGGAGCACACAGUCAUCCUCAAGAGAAAAGAGAAAGGUAUCGUGAAGAAGAACCGGAAGCUGAGGACGAAGAACGAGAAAAAGUUGAAAAGUCAGCAAAUGAUCACGAAGAAUUAAGAGACGGUCCUCAUGAUGGCAACGGUGGUGUGGAAGCUGUAGGUCAUGAUCCUGCUGACUACGUUCUUCCAGAAAAAUACACCUAUGGUACUGGGGAUGAAUAUAAUUUCUAAACGUCUAGGUCGUAGGCCUUUUAAAAGUAAAAUAAUAAGAAUAUAUUAUCAUACAAAGUGUAUCUAAUAAGAGAAGGCAAAUUCAAACAGACUACACAACUAAAAAUACAACUAAAUUAACCAAAGACUUAAAAUGUUAUUAUUAUUAAUGUAUAAAAUAUUAAGUACUUUGUUUUAGUACAAUAUUCAACAUAAUUUAGCUGCAAUCCGAC